GCGAGCUGCCGCGAAGCGUGGGAGCAUUAGGCCGCGGCGUAAGGGCCCUGGCUUCAGCACAGCAGCGUACAUCCCCGGUGGGUCUCAAUACCGUUUGAGCCGACUGCUGUGAAGUCAGACGCGCGGGUAACAGGGUUGCUACUGCCGCCUUAUUACGGCCUUGCACUUGGACGGGGGGACUCCGCAUGGCUGACUGCUCUGCGCUGCCUUUGAUACCUCCCAGUCGUUCUAUAAUUACCUGCUCCAGAUUACCGGUAUCGUCAUACCAGCACACCAUAGGUGGUGGUGCCCGUGUGACGGCGUUUGACGCUGCCUUGCACACAUGCGGCGGUGGUUCCGGUGGUGGCGUGAGCGCCGGCGCCUCAUACGUGCAUGUUGCAUCAGCGGAGUACUCAGCCAUGAAAGCAGGCCACACGCCCCACGAUCGGGCGCCUGCUCGGCCAGAUUGCCCCGUCAAGGCAUCAAGGCAAGCGCGCGGCGGCGUACAAGCAAGCCAGGCCGCCGGUGGAGCUGACAGGAGCGCUGUCUGUUGAAGCGGUGGUGUGGGUGCGUGCUCAGGCACAUGCGGCGCUGCUGGCGGCAUCUGCUGCACAGCAGGUUGCGCGGGCUGCUGCGCGGGAAUCCGCUCCAAGUGAUAUGUCCGCUGGGGCGUGUCAUCCCGUAUUACUGCUGGCGGCGGGGAUACGGUCUGCUGCAUGACGUAAACGUGCGUCGGGAAGGUGGCGCUAGGCGCAUCAGCCGUGCCAUGUGAGCGGCAAGACCCUCAAGAGCGGCUUCAUCCGCUUGAUCGGCGUCGUAUAAGUCGACUUGUUGCACGUCAUGAUGGUCGUGACCUCGCCCGCGGUUUGCUUGGAGUUGUGUUGAUGGCGAUGAGUAGCGUCCAUGUCGUGAUGGACGGCUGCCGUAGUAAUGGGGCUCAUCGUGCGAGCGGUAGUGGCAGUCCGCGAACCGCCGGUCCCUGUUGCGGCCAUGGCGGCGGCCGGGAGACUGGUCACGCCACCGGUGACUGCGGCUACUGGGUGCAGGGUAGCAUUGCGAGCCUUCCUCGAUGUAGAUGGCGUCGUGAAUAGCUUCUUCAAGUGUCUUGGGCCUCAGCAAGAACACCUGAUCGUAGAUGUCCGGUUGUAGCCCACGAAGGAAGGAGAAGGUAUGGACGGGGUCAGAGGUAUUGAGCGACAGCUGUGACGCCAGGUCGCGAAACCGAUCCGCGUACUCUCGCACGGGUUCACGCCGCCGCUGUUGGCAGCGUGCAAGCAGGUUGUAUAACUCCUCCUGAUUCGCCUCAAAUCGCUCUUGAAAAGUGAUUUGGAACUGCGCCCAGGUGGUGAUGGAGUUCUCCACCCCUGAAUACCACGUUGCGGCAGAGUCUCCUAGCCGGCAGACAGCCACAUCCAGCGUCUGGUCGUCCGUCCAGCCGUACAUGCGCUUAGCGCGUUCUAGCCGGGCCAGCCAUUGCCGAGCGCAAUCAUCCGUCUCAUAGUACGGUAUGGAAUUGACGCUGCUGGGCUGCACGUGCGAUGGUGUUGCCAUGUUGGCUUAGCUUGAUAGCGCUGCGAGACUAAGGGGAGACCAGGCACGACCCGCCAGUCGAGCACCAGCUAACCUGGUCUCGAUACCAACUACGCGCCGCACCCCCAAAAUUUUCGCGUUGAACUAAUCGUGCGACUAGCCAACCGCCUAUCUUGGGGAGUAACGGGGCUGCCCUAGGAUCGUCUGAUGUCGCUGGGGGCACACGAGGGACGUAUGAGGACGUGACCUGGUGCUGUGCCGGCUGGUUCCCCUGGGGAGACAGAGGGGGGGGGCAGCGUAGUGUCUAAGUGGAUUGCUGGCGAAGGCUGCCGCUGUGCGUCCCGCGGUCUUGGGCAGUUUCCCUCCCGAGGGAUGAUCGGCACGGGGCAGUAAGUCAACCAUAUACCGUUACAGUAGCAGCGCAGUGGGAAAGACCAUCCACUGGUGCGUAAGUGUUUGGUUAAGGAGCGGCUACCAGGAAUGUCCGUCUGGUGCCCUCAGUGAUGUUGCGAUGAGGUGUUGCCUGGGAAUGGCUACCUGGUAUGUUACGUCAGGCUAGCACCCGGCCCUAUGCCUAAGCAACAAGCGGUCAGCCGCUUAAAUACUCAGGGGCGACCCCCAUUGGUCGUACACGGAUCUAGAAUCCAUGUGCAACGUUGUCAAUUACGUAACAGACCAUCCGUGCAACGUUGCCACUUACGUAAUCUAUCCCCAGUCUGACUGCCUCCGUCUGACUGCCUCCUGGUCUGACAAUUACGUACACGCACCUUCCACACUCGCAACCUGGGUUAGUGCGAACCCUGCCGCCUCUCCACCUCUGUCAAGGGGGAAAACAUCCACGCCCCCACACGCAUAUGCGCAUGUUCGCUAAGUCGCGACCUAUUUUGUCAAGCCCAAAGUUCAAUGAGCCAUUUGUCUCGCCACAGGCAUUCAAGUAACAUGUGUGUAGGUGGAGUUGGUACAAGAGGAGUGCCAGGUGAUUGCUUACUACGGGUUCAGCCAUAGAAAAUCAUUGUAUCUACGUCGCCUUAGUUGGCACCCGAUGCCAGGCGCAAGGUGUGGGUCACAGCGUUCGAGAUUCCGAUGGAAUCAUGUGAUCACGAUUGUUACUUGGCGUGAUGAGGAAAUGUGUGGAGAAGCUGGAAUGCGAAGCUGUUAAUGCUGCAGAUCCCUCUGGGGCAUGCAGCAUCGAGGUUUGUCCAAUACUGUCUUUCAGGCACUUGCGAUGCUGGUACGACGGGACUCAGUCCGGCUAGAACUUGCUGCGCCAGGGGCAUCUGCAAGGACGAUGUGACAGGGCAAGGUAACUAGUGGCUAGUGGCUGAGUCCCGAGAAACAAGGCACUCGCGGCCCAGGCAUCGAUGCCUGGCUGCGUUCCAGGUGGGUUUAUUUUGUGGGUUUCGCAUUGUCGCGAAUGGCAGCCUAGUCGCGCGCGAGCUGGUACACGUCAGCCCUGCCCGGACCGGCAGUCUGCUUCACGCCAGUGUAACCAUUUGGUGCG